GCAGUCUAAGCUGACAUGAGGUGAAAAUAUCCCAGGUUGUAGGUGUGAAAUUAGAGCUCUAAUUUGAUUGAAAUCUAAUUACUGUUGGGGGAGGGCUGGUUUGUUUGCUAGAUUGUUAAAUGUUAUUCUUGUGCUUGCUUAAGACCUGAAAGUGGGAGGACACACCCUUUGGAGGUGACAAAGAUAACUCAGCUGUCAGGAGGACAGAGUCCUUGUAAACACAGAGUUCAGUAGUGGAGGCUGCUGGGACUUUUCAACAUGUCUGCUGCAAACUACGCAGGGUUCACGAGCGGCAUAAAUCCAAAUGAGAGGAGGCUUGUUCUGGUUGGAAGGACUGGAGUUGGAAAGAGUGCUGCAGGAAACACCAUCCUGGGGAGGGAGGCUUUUGAAUCUGACCUGUCCCCAUCUUCUCUAACUGCAGAUUGCCAUAAAGCCAGGGGUGUAGUUAAUGGUUGGAAUGUGGCCGUUAUUGACACUCCAGGGUUGUUUGACACAAACUUUACUCAGGAUGAUGUGUUAAAGAAGAUAAAGAUGUGCAUCUCUCUGUCUGCUCCUGGUCCUCACGCCUUCCUGGUGGUUCUCGAGUUGGGCAGGUUCACCAAGGAGGAGAAGGAUACUGUCAAGAUGAUCCAGGCCACCUUUGGAGAAGAGGCUGAGAGGUACACAAUGGUGCUGUUUACUCAUGGAGACCAGCUGAAGAAUCAGACCAUUGAGAACUUUGUUUCUGAGAGUAAAGACCUGAUGGCCCUCAUUCAAAAGUGCCACAACAGAUACCAUGUCUUCAACAACGAGGUCAAAGAUCCAAAGCAAAUCUACCAUCUUUUAGACAAGAUUGACAAGAUGGUAACGGAAAAUGGGGGAGGAUACUACACCAAUGUAAUGUUUGAAAGAGCAGAGGCUGCAAUCGAGAUGGAAAAGGAGCGAAUACUCAAGGAAAUGGAAGAACAGAAGAAGAGGGAGCUUGAGCAACUCAGAGCCAAAUACAAUGACAGCGUUUACCGCAAAGAGGAGUCCAAGCUGAUUAUUCAGUACCAACAGGAUGCUCGUGCUCGAGCCGAGAAGUCAAACGCAUUCCUUGCUGCACCAACAAUCGCUAUGGCUACAACCUGCGGGGCUGCCAUUGGAGGCGUGCUGGGUGUGAUUGGGGGUCCACUCGGAAUUGCUGUUGGGAUCGCUGCUGGAGCUGCAGUUGGAGCUGCUGCUGGAACUUUGGCAAUAACAAUUAACAAAAACUGUAUUGUGCAAUGCAAUGGAUCUAAGAAGAAGUACAGUGAUGACACACUCCGGAUUGUUAUGCUGGGAAAGACUGGAGGAGGGAAGAGCGCCUCAGGAAACACCAUCCUGGGAAAAAAUGAGUUCCAGUCGCAAGCAUGUCCAACUUCCUGGACACUUGACUGCAAGAGCGCAGAUGGGGAGGUGUUGGGCAGAAAAGUCAGGGUAGUUGACACACCAGGGCUCUUCGACACCAACUUCCAAGAGGAAAACGUUUUGAAGAAGAUUGAAAAAUGCCUCUCCAUGAGUGCUCCGGGUCCUCACGUCUUUCUGAUGGUCCUGAAGCUGGGAAGGUUUACCAAGGAAGAGGAAGAAACCAUGAAGAUAGUUCUGAAUAACUUUGGUACAGAAGUUGCACGAUUUUCAUUACUGCUGUUCACGCAUGGCGACAAACUGAAGAAACAAACUAUUGAGCAGUUUAUUUCAAAAAGCACAGCCCUUGAAGAGUUUGUCUUGGCUUUCUCUAACAGAUAUCACGUCUUCAACAACGAAGUGAAAGAUGAUGAACAAAUCCGCCAGCUGUUGGAAAAAAUUGAUGAUAUGAUUCAGGGGAACGAUGGUAGACACUACACUAAAAAGAUGUUUAGGAGAGCAAAACAGGCCUCAAAGAGGAGGAAACGGAGAGCAUCAAAGGCGCUGAAGAGGGAGGAGCAGCAGAGGAGGAACACGUUGAAGUCUGAGGUGGAUAAUGAAAUGAAGGAACUGGGUCGAACAAAGAAACCCAACAAAUGUCGAGUGCAGUGAAAGACUGAGCCAUUUUUCUUUUCAGGGCUAAGGUUGUGUGGAAACAGCUUCUGUUACUU